CUUCAUAGCGCUUGUGACGCAAUCAUAAGUAGCCGGGCACGUUUCCUCCCACCAGCUCUUCUCUGACAAACUGCAUUAUUGUACACUAACUACGUUUUACUUAAAGCAUUCAGCGGGUUGUUAAAAGCAUACGUGGUCAUGGCUGCCCCAUUGAAAGUUUGUAUCGUUGGUUCAGGAAAUUGGGGCUCUGCAAUUGCAAGAAUUAUUGGCACCAAUGCACAGAAACUGCAGCACUUUGCCACUACAGUUAAGAUGUGGGUGUUUGAAGAAACGGUCAAUGGCAAAAAGCUGUCUGAGAUCAUCAACACAGAGCAUGAGAACGUCAAGUAUCUUCCAGGUUACAAACUUCCAGAGAAUGUGGUUGCGGUGCCGCAGUUACGGGACGCUGCGGACGGUGCCGACUUACUGGUAUUCGUAGUACCUCACCAGUUCAUCAGAAAGCUGUGCGACGAGAUGGUUGGCUGCGUCUCGGAGAAAGCAAGAGGGAUUACAUUAAUCAAAGGUAUUGAUGAAGGACCUGAAGGAUUAAGGCUCAUCUCUGACAUCAUCAGGGAAAAAAUGGGCUUCGAUGUAAGUGUCCUAAUGGGAGCAAAUAUUGCCAAUGAAGUGGCAGCUGAGAAGUUCUGUGAGAGCACCAUCGGCAGCAAGGUCUUGGAGAAUGGCCUCCUAUUCAAAGAGCUUCUACAAACACCUAACUUCAGAAUCACUGUGGUGGAUGACGCUGACACAGUGGAGCUCUGUGGAGCCCUCAAGAACAUUGUAGCAGUGGGUGCAGGGUUCUGUGAUGGUUUGCAGUGCGGAGACAACACCAAAGCAGCCGUCAUUCGACUGGGACUGAUGGAGAUGAUCGCCUUCGCCAAACUUUUCAGCAAGGAUGGCUCUGUAUCAUCAGCCACGUUCCUAGAGAGUUGCGGCGUUGCUGACCUCAUCACCACUUGCUAUGGAGGGCGUAACCGUCGCGUGGCAGAGGCUUUCGCCCGAACGGGAAAGAGCAUCGAGGAAUUGGAGAAGGAAAUGUUAAAUGGACAAAAGCUUCAGGGACCAUUGACUUCUGCCGAGGUCUAUCAUAUCCUUAAACAGAAGAACCUAGCAGACAAGUUCCCCCUGUUCGUGGCUGUGUACCAGAUCUGUUUUGAGGGAAAGCCGGUUCAGGAAAUGAUCACCUGCUUGCAGAGCCAUCCAGAGCACCUGUGAGGGUCUGCAGGGACUGAAAUCUCAAGAUAUCACCAUUUCCGUCCUCACUCCUCUGGGUGGUCCUACCUCUAACACUUCCCAUUUUCUUCUAACGCUUCCCAUUUUCUUUGGUUUUUCCUUUUAUUCACACUAAUACAAUGUCAUAUUUUGUUACGUUUCUCUCUUGUCCCAUGACCAGUUCUGGCCACAUACACUAAUGGUUUCGUGUUAAACUCAGGGGUUUGCUUUCGACCUACAAUGAUUUCUUGUUGUCUGUGACUAAAUGUAAUCAACAGAUUACUCAAAGAAUUAAGGGAUUUUUGUAAGUUAAUGCAAAGCUGUGUGUAUUGUCUACCGGUUGAGCUGAUAUUUUUAACUACAGUAUAUUCUCACUGUCUCACUGCCCUCUUGUGGAUGUCCACAAUAUCACCUUACUGACAGAUGGGUUUUAAGAGAAUUGCUCUUAGAUCAUAACUAUAUAGUCUGACACAUCUAGCACCAAUGUUAUAAUCAUGUGCCUGUAGUGUAUUACAGCCUUGUUGCAUUGCUUGAUCAUUGCAGCAUAUAGAUGCUGUAACUGAGAAUCCCUUGGUGCUUUGAGAACCAGCAUUAAUACCACUAUUUGUAUUUGAUCUUGUGUCACAUGUGAAAGUAUCUGGAUUUGUUUAAAAUGAAGUAAGGACUUUUAUGGACGUGUUAGAUUAAAGUAAAACCAGAUUAUGA